AUGGCUGCCGUGCUUCCUGAAAUUAAUAACGACCCUUCCAAGAUCCAGCUCGAACGAAUUACCCACGUCUACUUUGAGCAUCCGGAUCUGGAAAAGUUUGACGAGUUUGCCAAGGAUUUUGGGUUGAUCCCAGCCUACCAGGAUACGGACGUGAACCUCUACCGUGGCUACGGAAAGGAUCCCUACUGCUAUGUCGCUCGCAAAUCAUCCACGGGAGCUCAGGCCUUCGGUGGUGCGGCCUUCGUUGCUCAGACAGAAGCCGACUUCGAUAAGGCCGCGGCUCUCGACGGUGCCGUGGUCUCAGAGCUGUCUCCGUUUCCAGGCGGUGGCCGCCAAGUAACGUUGAAGAGCCCCUCUGGGUUUCUUUUUCAUGUCGUGCAUGGGCAAGAGGAGAGAAGUCCCAACGAGUCUGCGUCGUCUGCGCUUGCCGAAAGCCAAGGCCCUUUCAACGGUAGUCUUGUUAAGAAAAGAUUUGGCCAGUUCCAGAGAUUUCACCAUGGCCCUGCUACGGUCCAUAAACUGGGCCACUACGGCUUCAUCGUCGGAGACUGGGCCAAGGAAGUCAUAUGGUAUACAGACAAUUUCAACUUUGUUCCUUCGGAUGUGCAGUAUGAUGGAGAAAACGGAGAGCUGGAUGUCAUCACCUUCUUGCAUCUGGAUUUGGGGGAGCGCUUCUCCGACCAUCACUCUCUGUUCCUCUCACGUGCACCCCCGGGAGAGCAUGACCGCAUGCAUCACACAUCCUACGAGGUGGAGGACUUUGACACGCAGCUCCUGGGUCACGACUGGCUGGCCAGCAAGGGUUAUUGCUCUGUCUGGGGUGUGGGCAGACACAUUUUGGGGUCUCAGAUAUUCGACUACUGGAGAGACCCCAGUGGGUUCACCAUAGAGCACUACGCGGACGGCGAUCUCGUGAAUAUCAAGACGGGCACAAAGCGGAGCAAGGUCGGGCCGCUAUCUGUAUGGGGACCUGAAUUUCCUGCAGAUAUGACCGCUGAUGGGACAAGGGCCACGGCAGCUUGA